AUGGAUGCUAUUAUUAAGUCUAUAUACCGAGCCAAAAGUCGCUACGUCGCAGUGACUUCUAUACGAGCAAGCAGAGGGCUUGCAUCUCCGCGGCUUUGCGGCCCACCACUGUUCUAUUUUCUACGAGGUCCGCACCUUGCAAGACAGAUCUCAACUGCUUCCAAGGAAGAGUCAUCCAGUGGUAGAAAACACGUUACGACUCAGUAUAAAUACCUCUUAACCCUCUCCACGUCCGCCGCACUCAGCUGGCUCUUCUACGCCCAACAGCAAGGCACAGUCCAGCUAGACAGCGGCGAAAAGUUCGUCCAGAAAAAGGAGGCCCCGGUUUCGUCCAAGAAAAUGACUGAGGCCGCUGAAUCACUAGAUACAGUGAACCUCCCAACGGAGAAGGCAGUUCUCACCACCGCACCCAACAUCCCGCCACCGAUCACCCGAGACUACCCCGUCCUCUUGGACGUGGAUCUCGCCACGGUGACGAAACUCGAGCAACUGACCAACCAAUACAAAUACGAGAAAUGGACGUACAACAACAGCGUACCGGGCCCGUUCAUCCGAGCCCGCGUCGGCGACGUAGUCAACCUGAGAAUAACAAACCACGACGAAUCAGGUAUGCCGCAUAACAUCGACUGCCACGCCUUUUUCGGACCAGGAGGCGGAGCACCCCUAACGACUGUCAAUGAGGGCGAGACCAAGACAGCGAGAUUCAAGCUCCAACGACCCGGUCUCUACAACUACCACUGUUCGGUGGGGCCAGUGGGAGUCCACAUCGCCAACGGAAUGUACGGACUCAUUUACGUACAGCCCGAGCAGGACCUACCCACCGUCGACAAAGAGUACUACGUGAUGCAAAGUGAAUUCUACCACGAACCGCCAGAAAGGGAUGACAACGGUCAGCUGUCAUCGACGGUUGAGUUCUCGUGGCCCCAUGCGCUGCGCGAGGCGGCCGACGUGGUCGUUUUUAAUGGGAGCGAGGCCGCCUUGACUGAGAAACCGCUCAAGGCUAGACUUGAUGACACCGUUCGCAUCUACUUUGGCAAUGGAGGUCCGAAUCUGACCAGUUCGUUCCAUGUUAUCGGCAGUUGUUUUGAUCAUGUGUAUCGCGAUGCUGAUGUGCUGAGUCCCCCCGGGCAGUGCGUUCAGACCGUUAGCGUUCCCCCGGGCGGGUCUACUAUUGUCGAUAUGAAGAUGGUCGUGCCGGGGACGUAUACUAUUGUGGAUCAUGCUAUUUUCCGUCUGGAGAAGGGUGCUAAGGCUUUUCUGAAUGUUUCCGGCGAGCCCAGACCCCAGUUUUACCAGAGUAAGCAGCCGGCACAACCCUGUGAGGGAUGUAAAUUGCACCCAUGA